AUGGAGUGUUGGAAGCCACCUGGACACGGCUGGGUAAAAAUCAAUGUCGACGCUAGUUUCACCGGUGAAGACGGCAAGAGCUAUAUGGGAUGUAUUGCUAGAGAUAGUACUGGAAAGGUUCUUUGGGCAAGUUGCCGAGGCACUGGGACAUGUGCAAAUGCAGAAGAAGCUGAAGCAAUUGCCUGUCUUGCAUCGUUACAUAUGAUUCCUAAUCCUGACAAUUUAAGCGUGGUGAUGGAAUCAGAUAAUGCUGCUGUUGUGGAGGCGAUCAAGAAAAGAAACCAAAAGCUGUCGUGUCUCUGGCGCACGUAUGAUGAGAUCGAGACCUUUCAAGCGAGAUUUAGCAAUUUCGAAGUUUGUAAAAUUAGAAGAGGGAGCAACCAGGUAGCUCACGAGCUUGCCAAAUUAGCUAGAUUACAUGCUAUCAAUAACUUCUGGAUGGGGCAUGUCCCAACAGAAGUUGAUCGUCUUGUUUUGGAUGACUUUGUAAACUGUGAUAUUAAGAUGCAAUGA